CACAGUAUGACUCUCUCUCUUAGUUUGGAUUCAUUAUUAGUAACUUUCCCUCGUUAAGACCAUUGGUUAAUGAAGUCGAAUACAUCCACUGCUGUCAUAAUGCAGCACAUGAUUUGGAUUACGGCUGCACUGUGUUUAUGUUUGGCAACUGUUGUCGGAUUUUUACCAGAGUUUUCAGACAAUGAAGUAAAAGAGAGUGUCGGCGACAGGUAUGAACUGCACCCUGCCUGUAUGACGCUGAUAAGGUCUCAGAUUAAUAUGGAGAUGCAAGCCAGUCUAGUAUAUAUGAAUAUGGCAGCCCAUUUCGACCAGAACAGUGUGGCUCGAAAGGGUUUCGCAAAAAUGUUUCGAGAAAAUUCAAAAGAAGAAAGGGAGCAUGCUCAAAAGUUGAUUGACUAUUUGAACUUACGUGGCAACAAACUGGCUCAGUUUAAUAUUGACAUGCCUGAUAAAACAACAUGGGCUAACGCUCUUGAGGCAUUAAAGGAAGCCAUCGCCUUGGAGAAAGACGUGUACAACCAGCUUAAUCAUAUUCAUGACGUUGCAGACACACAUUGUAAAGACAGUCAUCUAACAGACUAUCUGGAGAGAGAAUUUCUGGAAGAACAAGUGGAAUCGAUCGACAGUUUCAUUCGCCACUCCUCCGUUCUUGGAGCAAUGUCUGACAGUUCAUUAGGAGAGUACUUGUACGAUCAACAACUUCUACGUGACAUCAAAGAAUAGCGUAACGCAAUGUCAUUAAAGCUGCUGUCGAUGUAAAUGAAAUGUACACAAAAGUCGUAUUUUUAUUUAUUUUGUAUUAAAAAAAUUAAAACCUUUAAAACGAACUCAA